UUUAAUAUCAACCCGAACUCACAAUAUUUUUUUAAUAAUUCCAUUCCUUCUCUCUCUCUCUCUCCCUCUCUCUCUCUCUCUCUCUCUCUCUCUCCCUCUCUGGCUUUCUCUCUCUCGCUCUCCCUCUCUCGUUCUGCUCCCUCCUUCUCUUCUACAACCUCCCUCUUUCUCCCUCGUUUUUUUCUGGACUUCUGUACAUACCGUAUUGCAUUGCCAGUCAGGUAGAUCUGUGUAUGUGUGUCCGUUUUUGUCUCUGUAUAAGUGUGUAUGUGUGUGUGAGUAUGUAUGAUUGUUUGCGUGUGUGUAUAUGCUUGUGUUCGAGUGUACGUGUGCAUCGAUAUAUGUCUGUAUGUAUGAACAUGUAUAUAUAUACAUAUAUAUACAUGUAUGUAUUUACUUAGGAAAGUAUAUAUGUCUGUGUAGGUCUGCGUAGAAUUAUGAAUACCAUACAGUUUAUCGCCAUACCUAUAUACGUAUGAAUGUGCUUACAUUUGUAUGUGUGUAUUAUGCAUGUGGUAUAGUGUUGUAACUUUUCUGUGCGUGUAUCUUGACUAAUUCAAUACAAUAUUUACAGACGGCGUACCUAGAUAUCUGCAUGCAUGAGCAUAUAAUAUGUGUGUGUGUAUGCUUAUGUGGGAAUGAGAGUGAGUCGGUGUGAAAAUAUAAGCACAAUAAUAGUUACAGAUGCAUGAUAAUAGCAAGAAAUAUAAUCUUCUUGUUCGCUGUUGUUGUUGUUUAUAUUUUGUUUUCCGAAGCAUGCUGCUAGUUUUCGUUUUCUUGCGUCACUGGAGAGAGUUUUGAAAAACGCAACAUCAAGCGCAACAGCAACAUUUCGAAAGUAAACUGUGCAGACUCCACAGCAGAAACAUUUGACGUCACAAUUGUGGUGGCAGCAGUCAGCGUGUGACUGGCAGGAUUCCAGCGAUGCCAUUCAAACAGUCAGUUAGUUCCUCCCAGCACAAGACACACACACAGGCAUUAUUAUUAUUAUUAUUACUAUAAUACACAAUACAAAUAACAACAAUCAACAAACAAUAACAAACAACGCCAAAAAAAAACAACAAACAAACAAGCAAAAACAACACUGAUAAUAAUAAUAAUUUUGAUAAAAUUAAUAAUAAUAAUAAUGAUGAUGAUGAUGAUAAUGAUGAUAAUGUUAAUAAUAAAAAGAAAAUAAGGAACAAAAAGUCUAUGGAAUAAGAAGUAUUCAACGAAUGUUUUCCAAGACUUUCAACUGUUAAAUUUAGAUAUUUAUAGUUACUUCUGCGGGUUUGGAUGUUAAUUACUACUUUUCUUAUUACGAAUAUCAUUAAUUAAGUUUACUAUAACAUAUAUUAUAAAUCCAGUAUAAUAUAAUAGAAUAUUAAAAUUAUAGCAUAUCAUAUUCUAUUUAUACGUUGCGAUAUAUGAAGGUGCGCUACGCUUAUAAAAGCGUUCCACGCACCGCACGUACGUACAUCCAUACAAUUUAAGAAGACAAAUAUAUACAUUCUAGAUGAAACGCUUCGCUGCUUCCAAUUUAAAUGUGGAUUUCCUUCUAUACCAUAUAUUUUUAAUAUCUUAUUUCUUCAUUUCUUUCACUUCAUUAAAAUAUAUAUCACAUUUCAAACUUAUAGCAACAAGACGAUGUUGGAUGACAUAAAUAUUGAUAAUAAUGAUAUUACUACUACGACGACUACCACUUCUAGUCCUAUAAAUACUAUUAAUACAAAUAAUAAUAAUAAUAAUAAUAAUAAUAAUAGCAAUUGUAAUAAUAAUCUUUAUACUCAUUGUUGUCGUUGUUUUUGUCGCUACCAUUACUGCCACCAGUGUUUCAAUGAAGAGCCUAAACAAAGUAUCGCAUGGCACAUAAAGAAACAUAAACUGACAAACUAAUAUAUAUACAUAUAUACAUACAUACAUACAUACGUGUAUAUAUAUAUAUAUAUAUAUAUACAGGUAUACAAAUGUGCGUGCGUGUGUGUAUGUAUAUAUGUAUAUGUGUAUAAAAUACAUGGAUUUGUAGUGAUGGAGAGAAAGACUUAUUUAAGUCUGAAAUUUACACUUCGCUGUCACACACAACAGGUGAAACAUUCAUUCCACUUACAUGGACUUUACCGAUUACGAUUCAGGACGGAAUUCGCAACAAACUGAAGACUAGUCGGACACAUUACAAGACAUGAACAGAUAGUGCCAAAGUAGAACUGUAGAUAUGAUGUAUACAAAACCAAAUCAUCGGAUUCUAAAAUAGUUGCAUGAAAAGCAUAAUUUUCGAUUCCAUCGAUUUCCAAAGAUCAAAAAAAAAAUUAAACAGUUUCGAUCUGUCUUGUAGAUUUACUAAUAAGGAUCUUUGUUUUUGUCUUGUUUUCGUUUUUCUUUUUAAAUUUUAUUGAUAUUUUUCUGAACUACAUUGUAAAUAUUUUGUUGAUUUCUGCGCGAACCAUUUAAAAAAAUAUCUUUGUUUUGAUGUUUGUGUUUUUGUGUUUUAUUUUAUUUCCAUAAUAUGUACAUGCAUAGAAAAUUCUGCAAGUUUUCCUGACGCCAACUCAUUUCAUAUUAAAUAGAAAACGUUCGGAUAUGAUUUCUUUAUUUCCUAAUAAGAAACCCAACAUCAAAUUCAAACAAAUAAAACAAAUCAAGCGACAGAUGGCAUAGAUUUCUAACGAAAGUGAUUCUCAUUUUCUAGAAUAUGUAGAUUUUUCUUUUAAUUCUAUAAAACAUAAAAUUUUACGUGGAUCUCAUAUCUAAGAUUGCAAACAAAUGCUACUGAAUUUCAAAUUACAACUUAAAUAUAUAAUGCAAUCAAAUGCCAUCACAAGCAAAAUAAAUUCUGAUUCAUUUUAAAGCAAUUUCAUCUCUCUUCAACCACUGAAAAUAUUCAAAUAUCGUCAAAGAUGGAGAUUUUAUUAACAACGAGUUCUAUUUUUCCUUUAGAGGAAUUUUCAUUUCAAAAUUUUAGCCUUACAAACUUUAGUGAUGAAAACGUGACAUUUUCAGAUAAAACUAUUUAUUCUACUCCGAGUGUCACAAAUAUUUUAAUUUCCCUGUUUCUGGCAUUGAUGAUAGUUGGAUGCAUUUUUGGAAAUGUUCUGGUUAUUUUGUCUGUUAUUCUUUAUAAACCGCUUCGGAGUGUUCAAAACUUUUUCAUCGUUUCUCUUGCUGUGUCUGACUUAUCAGUAGCAGCUCUUGUAAUGCCAUUUCAUGUGUCGAACCUUGUCCUAGGAUACUGGAUCUAUGGCUGGCUGCUCUGCGAGAUAUGGUUAACGCUUGAUGUACUUCUAUGCACUUCGUCGAUUUUGAAUCUCUGUGCUAUUGCAGUCGAUCGAUAUUGGGCUAUACACGACCCAUUAAACUAUGCUCAGAAACGAACACCAACACGAGUGGGAUUAAUGAUUGCAGCUGUGUGGUUUGUUAGUGCAAUGGUUUCAAUUCCUCCUGUCUUUGGUUGGAAUGAAAGUGGACAACUCUACAAUGAAAUCGAAAUGCAGUGUCACUUAACAGAUGACCGCAGCUACGUAGUCUUUUCCGCCUUCGGCUCAUUUUACAUUCCUCUUAUAAUGAUGACUUUUAUUUAUUUCAAAAUCUUUCUUGCCAUUAGACGCCGUUUGCGAAAGCGACGCGAACAGACUGCUAUGUGUAAAAUCAAAGCUAAUUCAACCAAUAAAGAAGAUAAGAAAGAACAAAGCCCUGAAUCAACACCUGCCAAGGAUAAAGACACUCCCCCGACUCCCGUUCAAGAAGAUAGAUCAAUCGAAGGUGCUGAGAUGAAUUCAGAGAUCCACGUUGACAGUGGAGAGUUGAGAAGUCCGGUCACAGAGGUGUGCGUUACUUCUCAAAACGGCGGAACUCACAGCAGAUUGUCCAAAGAAGAGAAAGAAAAACACGGAAGAGGAAAGGGUAAGAGGGUGAAAUCAUUCUUUGAGAAAAAACAAAAAAUAUCCUUAUCCAAAGAACGCAAAGCAACCAGAAUCCUUGGGAUUGUUAUGUUAGCCUUUAUUCUGUGUUGGCUACCUUUUUUUCUAAUGUAUUUAAUUCUACCAUUCUGUCAAUCAUGCAGCGGCGUUCCGAUUUUCGCCGAACUCUUUAUAGUAUGGCUUGGAUACGUAAAUUCUGGACUAAAUCCUGUGAUAUAUACCAUAUUUAAUGAGGAAUUUCGAAAGGCAUUCUAUAUGCUUCUAUCUGGCGUUUGCUUCAAGAAAAAAGGGCGAGACAAAACAUCCAAACUGUAACACUUCUUAACAAAAU